AUCGCUCUUUGUUCUUCUUAUCUAUAUGAAAUGUAAAAAAGAAGAGCUAGUGAGAAAAGAGAGAGAAGAAAAAAAAUGGCAGACACAGGCAAAGGAAGCUCAAGCGCUAGCUGCAACGAUCGUUGUGGCUGCCCUUCUCCAUGUCCCGGUGGUGAAUCUUGCAGGUGUAAGAUGAUGAGCGAAGCAUCUGGUGGGGAUCAAGAGCAUAACACGUGUCCAUGUGGGGAGCACUGUGGCUGUAACCCUUGCAACUGUCCCAAGACCCAAACUCAAACCUCUGCUAAGGGUUGCACUUGUGGUGAGGGCUGCACCUGUGCCACUUGCGCUGCUUAGACAUCCUUAACUAUGUUUAUACCAUACUUGUAUAAUAGGUACUACUAGCUAGUCAGAUCUGAAAUAAAGCUGCACAACAAUCGUAUGUUCUGCUUCUUGUGUUUCCUUCUUAUGACUCACCAAGAGUUUGUAAAUCCUUAUAACUUGUGGGUCUUGUACCAAUACAACCCACUAAUUGAG